AGUCGUCACUCUGCGCUUGGUCCACUUGGUGUUCACUUCGCCACACCUUCCAUGCUGGGAGAACUCACUAGCUCCAUUUUUUUAAAACUAUAGUUUAUAACGUAAGAAGAAACCAACAGGUGAACGUGACUUGUGUUUGUGCGCGGUUCUCCUUCCCUUCCAACCCGAGCAACCUGCUCCGGCUUGUCGGAUGGACUAAAUCAUCUCCACUUUCACGACAAGACCUGCUCCUUUUCGGCAUACGUUUCCCUUGUUUGACGGGAUCAAUUUGUAAUUUUUUGGGGAUUUUUGUACAUCCCAAAGUGUUGGAGGGUCUCCAAGUUGAAGAGCUGAGUGUGUAAGAACCCCAGGUGACACUGAUGGCAUCCCCGCUCGUCUGCAGUCUGCGGACCGCCUUCGCCAUCUUCGUCAUCCUCCCUUUCGCAGCUUCCGCCGACCGGGACCUGGCCUUCUGCGGCACGUGGCGCCACGGCAAACACCCGCUGAGCGUGAGCUUCAACGUCACACCCGGCUGCGGCGGCCUCUCCGUAUCGGCCGACAACAGGUCCCUGCAGGUCUCGGGGCACAUGGCGGCGCGGUGCAGGCGCUCCGGCGUGCAUCACCUCCGCCACGACGCGCUCCACGCCGAGGAAGAGAGUUACUUCUGCCUAUACUGGGAGCCCCUGCAGGACCAGCUGAAGUUACAGGUGCGAGGGAACAACCUGACUCUCUGCUGGCCCGCGGGCAUGCCGGACUCGUGCUGCACCUACCUGUCCUACGGCUCCAACGCGCCCCAGGCCGCCUACGGCAUCGCCCGGGGAACCAUCGAGGAUGACGUCAUCACCGAUAAAACGCUGACCGCCUUCAAGUUCACCGGAACCCCCGUCCAAUGUGCAACCUUCUGUCCCCAGAGGAGCCGUGGAUCUGCCCGAGUCAAUGUGACUGAGCCGGAGCCUCCCUGCGCCCUCAGCUCGCAGGUGGAGAUGAAGGACCACUUUGACGGCGUCAACAUCCGCUCACCUCACGUGGACGGCGUGGCCCCGGAGUCGGUAACCUUCAUCCAUCUCCCCCCCGCCUUGAAGCGGGCUGCAGGAAACAGCAGCAAAGUGGUGUACACCUUCUUCAAAAACAACUCCGUGUUCCAGGAGGGCCUCAAGGAGGCGAGGAUCCUUAAUGACGUGGUGGAAAUUUCCAUUGAGAAGGAGGUCAUCAAGGACCUGCCAGAGCCAAUCAAGAUUGGCUUCCAUCAUGACGUCGUGCCUAAAACACAUUCAAGGACGUGUGUCUCCUGGGACACCAGGAAAGAUCCCAUGAAGGUGAAGUGGUCGGUGGGAGGAUGUGAGACGCAGCCGAUAGGAGACAAACACACGGAAUGUCUCUGUGACCAUCUGACCUACUUUGCAGUGCUGGUGCAACUGAAGCCGCGACCGGUGCGCCACCUGCUGGCUUUGACCGCCAUUACCUCUCUCGGCUGCGCGCUGUCCUUCCUCAGCUGCAUGGCUCUCGUGGUCUUCCUCUGCAGGAGAAGGCAAGCCAAGGACGCGUCCACGCCGAUCCACCUGGGCCUGGCCGUGUCCCUGGCCUUCCUCAACCUGCUCUUCUUCCUCACGGGGGUGCUGGCUAACGUGGGCGUGCACGACCUGUGCGUGCUGGCGGGGGCGGGCCUCCACUACGCCCUGCUCAGCUCCUUCUCCUGGAUGGGAAUAGAGGUGUUCCACACCUUCUGGCUGGUCUACGUGGUCUUCAGGCCCUCGCCCAACCUGUGUGUGUGGAACCUGCUGGGCUUCGUCGUCCCCGUGGUGCCCGUGGUGGUCCUGAUCGCUGUCGGGGACAUUUACGGCCUGAGGAAGGUGGCGUCCGCCGAGGACCAAGACAAUCCCUUUCUGAUGUGUUGGAUGAAGAACAACGAGGAGGCGUUACUGGCUCACUACUUCACCAACCUCACCUUCUUGGCCGUGCUGGUGUCUGCGGGCCUGCUGAUGCUCUUCAUGGUCUACAAGGAGAUCCGCACCAGGGACGAAUGGAGGAAGAACCGCGUGGCCUUCUUCAGCAUCUGGGGCCUCAGCUGUCUCUACGGGACCACCUGGGGUCUCACCUUCCUGGACUUUGGACCGCUCUCAGACUUCGUUCUCUUCCUGUCCUGCAUCCUCAACUCUUUCCAAGGCUUCCUGCUGAUGCUGAGGUUCUACGUGUUGGACUGGAUGCGCAAACACUCGCUGGGGAACAAGGAGUCGCCCGCCAAGGUUUGUCGCUUGCCCGCCUCGCAGUCCACCAUCAGCCAAGAACCCCUGGAGCCGCUUUGUUCCGGUUCUUGACGGCCUCACUCAGGUAAAACCUCCAUGCCGGCCCGGAGCCCGCAUGUCCAUGUCCAUCUAGAAACCCCUAGACUGGCUCUAGUUGUUAGGAUGUAAAUAAAGCUUUAUUUCCAGACAGAAGAGGUUCUGCACGGACGUUCUUGGACCUUAGCCAAGUUCUUGUACAGUUUUCAGGUAGCACUUUAGAUUUGUGUCUGUGUAUGCGUGGGGGAAAAAGUCCUAUCGGUCGUUUUUUCCCUCAUGAAUGAUGUACUUACCCUAUUUCCUCAUAGGGUGGCUUCCCAGAGUUUACUCCCGCUGAGACAUUUUAAGUACAUUACUUACAGUAUUCACACUUUUUGGGCGCAACAUAACAUUGAACUUCCUGUAAAAAGCUACUUCCUAGUAAACAUUUUCAGUGAGGCUCUUAAAGGAAACGUUAAAUGCUACAUUAGUAAAUAAGUACAGUACUUACAGUAUCAACACUUCUUAGGGCGCAACAUAACAUCCAACUUCCUGUAAAAAAAAAGCUACUUCCUAGUUAGACAAUAUGCCUUAGCUUGGAGAUGUAUCAUUAAAUCAUCAUAAACAUUUUCAGUGAUGCUCUUAAAAGAAACAUUACAUGCUGUAUUAGAAAAUAAGUACAUUACUUACAGUAUUGACACUUUUUAGGGCGCAACAUAACAUCGAACUUCCUGUAAAAAGCGACUUCCUAGUUGGACAAUAUGCCUUAGAUUGGAGAUGUAUCAUUAAAGGAAACGUUAAAUGCUGCAUUCGAAAAUAAGUACAGUACUUACAGUAUUGACACUUUUUAGGGCGCAACAUAACCUCGAACUUCCUGUAAAAAGCUACUUCCUAGUUGGACAAUACGCCUUAGAUUGGAGAUGUAUCAUUAAAUCAUCGUAAACAUUUUCAGUGAGGCUCUUAAAAGAAACAUUGAAUGCUAUAUUAGAAAAUAAGUACAGUACUUACAGUAUUGACACUUUUUAGGGCGCAACAUAACAUCGAACUUCCUGUAAAAAGCUUCUUCCUAGUUGGACAAUAUGCCUUAGAUUGGAGAUGUAUCGUUAAAGGAAACGUUAAAUGCUGCAUUCGAAAAUAAGUACAGUACUUACAGUAUGGACACUUUUUAGGGCGCAACAUAACAUCGAACUUCCUGUAAAAAGCUACUUCCUAGUUGGACAAUAUGCUUUAGAUUGGAGAUGUAUCAUUAAAGGAAACGUUAAAUGCUGCAUUUGAAAAUAAGUACAGUACUUACAGUAUUGACACUUUUUAGGGCGCAACAUAACAUCGAACUUCCUGUAAAAAAAGCUACUUCCUAGUAGGACAAUAUGCCUUAGAUUGGAGAUGUAUCAUUAAAGGAAACGUUAAAUGCUGCAUUUGAAAAUAAGUACAGUACUUACAGUAUUGACACUUUUUAGGGCGCAACAUAACAUCGAACUUCCUGUAAAAAAAGCUACUUCCUAGUAGGACAAUAUGCCUUAGAUUGGAGAUGUAUCAUUAAAGGAAACGUUAAAUGCUGCAUUCGAAAAUAAGUACAGUACUUACAGUAUUGACACUUUUUAGGGCGCAACAUAACAUCGAACUUCCUGUAAAAAGCUACUUCCUAGUUGGACAAUGUGCCUUAGAUUGGAGAUGUAUCAUUAAAGGAAACGUUAAAUGCUGCAUUCGAAAAUAAGUACAGUACUUACAGUAUGGACACUUUUUAGGGCGCAACAUAACAUCGAACUUCCUGUAAAAAGCUACUUCCUAGUUGGACAAUAUGCUUUAGAUUGGAGAUGUAUCAUUAAAGGAAACGUUAAAUGCUGCAUUUGAAAAUAAGUACAGUACUUACAGUAUUGACACUUUUUAGGGCGCAACAUAACAUCGAACUUCCUGUAAAAAAAGCUACUUCCUAGUAGGACAAUAUGC